AUGCCCGCAUCGCAAACUGGAUUUGGUAACUUCUUCUUGGAGAGGAACAUCAGCAUGCCGGCUGGAUAUCAGAUCCCGGUGCUCGGAUGCCCACCGGGCGUACAGCAGCAGCAGCAGGCGCAGCAUCUGGCAGCGAUGGCAGCUGGGGUUCCAAUAACAUACUCAGGACUGCAAGGAUACAACUUCAUCCCGUAUCCUCACCACAGGCACAUCGCACACAUGAACAACGGUUUUGAUUUGAAGGCUGCUUCUCCCUUCCACCACGCUCUCCUGGCCCGCGCUGCGCCUUUCUACCCUCCGUACCGCCCAGGAGCAGCCGAGGAUCCCGGCAGGGUCGCCAAAGUGGCCACCCGAGAGAGCACCGGAGCGUUGAAGGCCUGGCUGAACGAGCACCUGAAGAAUCCGUAUCCAACCAAGGGCGAGAAAAUCAUGCUCGCCAUCAUCACUAAAAUGAGCCUGACUCAGGUCUCCACCUGGUUCGCGAACGCGAGGCGUCGCUUGAAGAAGGAGAACAGGGUCAGCUGGGCGUCGAAGGGGAAAUCAGACGAGGAGGAUGAGGAGCAGGAUGGAGAGAGCGACGCGGAGGAGAGUCCUCUGCAGAAAUGCCAUUUAGAUGAGCCUCAAACUGAAGGCGCAGACGGCGGUGAGCAGAACGCGUUGGACAGCUCGGCACCUGUGGACGCGCGUUUGGAGAGACAGCAGCAGCCGAACAGCGAAGACAAAGAGCUUGAACUUGUCAAGAAAGUUGAAAAAAGUGACUCUGAACACACCCCAUCAGCUUUGGAAAGUAAAGAAAACAUCGCGAGUCAAAAACCCAAAAUCUGGUCUUUGGCAGAGACCGCCACCUCAGACACUGUGAAGAAACCCGUGGACAGUAUUUACCCCCCUGCAGGCAGACUGUGGGCAGACUGGGCUUCCAGAAACGGGCUGUUUGUUCCUUCAUGUUACACUACGCAUGAAAUUGUCGAAGCUGCUAUUUAGACACAACGGAAAGACUUUUUUCCUCCACCACAUCUUUUUGCACUUUAAACUUUCAAACCUCAGGGAGCUCCUGAAGUUUGCAAUGAAAUGAUGAUCUGUUGUGAGACCAAAGACUAAACAUGUUGUGUUAUUGUA